UGGACAAAAUGACAUCAUUGUGAUAUAAUCAGUUCGCGAUCAGGAAGUUACAGAAAGAACAAGGAAACAGCGCAGAUCAGAUUUAUAAACCGUCGCCAUGUUUCACGGAAUCCCUGCGCCGGCUGGAAUUGGGGCUCCAGGAAAUAAACCCGAGCUUUAUGAGGAAGUCAAACUGUACAAGAACGCCCGCGAGAGAGAGAAGUACGAUAACAUGGCUGAAUUGUUUGCCGUAGUGAAGACUUUGCAAGCUCUUGAGAAGGCCUAUAUUAAGGACUGUGUUUCUCCCAGCGAGUACACAGCUGCUUGUUCUCGCCUCUUGGUACAAUAUAAAGCUGCUUUUAAACAGGUGCAAGGAGCGGAGGUUGGUUCUAUAGAUGAUUUCUGCAGAAAGUACAGACUGGAUUGUCCUUUGGCUAUGGAGCGGAUUAAAGAGGAUCGACCUAUCACCAUUAAGGAUGACAAGGGAAAUCUGAACCGGUGCAUUGCAGACAUUGUAUCUCUUUUUAUUACUGUGAUGGACAAGCUGCGUUUAGAGAUUCGUGCCAUGGAUGAGAUUCAGCCAGAUCUGAGGGAGCUUAUGGAGACAAUGAAUAGGAUGAGCCAUCUUCCUCCAGACUUUGAAGGGAGAGAGAAAGUCAGCCAAUGGUUACAGAAGCUCAGCAGUAUGUCUGCAUCCGAUGAACUGGAUGACUCCCAGGUUCGACAGAUGCUGUUUGAUCUGGAAUCUGCAUACAACGCGUUCAACAGAUUCCUGCAUUCGUAACUUACCAUCCCACCAUUCAGAUAGUCUUGGGGAUUAUUGGUUCUCUCCCUCAGAAAUGAAUCUUUUGUCUGUUCCCAGGAGCAAUGUGGUAACACUAGUGGUAAAGAUAACCCUUUGAUAGAAGAGACAACCAUUUGAUUUUGUAGCUGUUCUUCUCGUUGUGAGUUGGGUUCAGCCUUAAUGACAGGUUUGGGUGUAACUAUAUGGAUUGUAUUUAUUAAAUCGCAUCUGUUAAUGUAUCUUACCUGGAGUUGUACGCAGUGUAUUGUAAGUAAAUGCAACACCUAAAAUAAAUCUUCUAACAACCUUC